GGACUUCCGGUUGCCUUCAAUGUCAUUUGACAACAAUGCACGAAGUAGUUCGACAAGUUAUUAAACAAACGACUAACACACUUCAGCAAGUUCAUUAUGAGGCAUUUUGAAUACUUUCUACUGCUGAAACCUUCUGUACAGUAACAAGAUGAGACUGUUCUGCACGGUCAGCGCAGUCCACUCAGCAUCUUCAAGGCGGGCAUCUUCAGCUCCUGUAGGGAUGUUUGUCCCUGCCUGCAGCUCCAUAGACUCACAUUCCCUGCAGCUGCUCCAGGACUUUGUCUCCCGCACCUCACGCCUGUUUGCCAUCAGCGGCGCCGGUCUCUCCACGGAGUCUGGCAUCCCAGAUUACCGCUCGGAAGGCGUGGGCCUGUACGCCCGCAGUGACCGGCGGCCGAUGCAACAUGCGGAGUUCAUCCGCAGUGCUUCGUCCCGUCAGCGCUACUGGGCGAGGAACUUCCUGGGGUGGCCGCAGUUCUCUUCCCAUCAGCCCAACAGGGCGCACAAGGCUCUGCGGCACUGGGAGGAGCAGGGGAAACUGCACUGGUUGGUCACCCAGAAUGUGGACGCUCUUCAUUCAAAGGCAGGCCAGGAAAGGCUCACUGAACUUCACGGAUGUGCCCACAGAGUGGUGUGUUUGGGCUGUGGCGACAUCUCGGCCAGAGAGGAGCUCCAGAGACGAUUUGUAACGCUGAACCCGGACUGGAGGGCUCAAGCCGGGGCAGCUGCUCCAGACGGGGACGUCUUCCUGGAGGACGAGCAGGCGCUACAAUUCAGAGUUCCCCCCUGCGAAGUCUGUGGAGGGAUACUGAAGCCUGAGGUGACCUUCUUUGGUGACGCAGUGAACAAAGCCACGGUGCAGUUUGUACAUGACAAAUUAGCCGAGUCGGAUGCGGUGCUCGUCAUCGGGUCGUCACUACAAGUCUACUCGGGAUACAGAUUUUUACUCGCAGCCAGCGAUAAGAAAAUGCCGGUCGCCAUCGUGAACAUCGGGCCCACCAGAGCAGACCACUUGGCCGAGAUGAAAGUGAGAGGACGCUGUGGGGAAGUGCUGUCGAUCAUUCGACCUCUCUGAUGGUAAUGGACAUGAAACAUGGACACACUGUCUUCAAGCGCUAAACUACCUCAUCUACAACACCAGCAUGCAGCAUUAGCUACACCGACAUCCUAUAAUAGGGGGGUCCAAACCUUUUCAAGGGUGAACCACACACUAGAGGUGGGUAGAAAAGUAGUACAAACUAAAUAAAAAAAAUUGUACUCCCAUCCAAACAUCCAUUUUCUACUGCUUAUCCCUUCCGGUACUCAUGAAAGACUAUAACUACUGUAGGGCAGUGGUUCUUAACCUUGUUGGAGUUACGGAACCCCACCACUUUCAUAUGCGGAUUCACCGAACCCUUCUUUAGUGAAAAAUAAAAUGUUUUUUUGUUUUUUUUCAAAUUCAAGACAAAGUUGUAUGUUUUUGGUAACACUUUAGUAUGGGGAACAUAUUCUAAGUAACAAAGACUUAAUUUAGAGUUAUUUGGACACUAGGGGAAACAUAUUCUAAGUAAUAAAGACUAAAUUUAGAGUUAUUUGGUUAGGGUCAGGGUUAGAGGGUUAGGGUUAUAAUAAGCCCAUGCCGAAUAAGGCAUUAAUUAGUACUUAAUAAUGACUAGUUAAGAGCCAAUAUGUUACUAAUUUGCAUGUUGAUAAGCAACUAAUUAAUGGUGAAUAUGUUCCCCAUACUAAAGUGUUACCAUGUUUUUUUUACUGGUGCACAAAAUGAACCGAGCAUGAACAUCACCUUGUCCAAACAACAACACUAAGACAGUGCAUAAACUCACUACAAAUUACACACCUGCAAAUAAAUCAGCUGUUGCUUUAUCCGUAAUAUGCCAACAGGGAGAAGUUUGUAUUUACGCAAUGAGUCGGGUGUGUUUUGAUCUCCGCUGAACCCCUGAGGUCGACUCAACGAACCCCUAAGGUUCGAUCGAACCCUGGUUAAGAACCACUGCUAUAGGGGAUAGGUGUUGGACUCCAGGACCGCGCCGCCUCAUUAAUGUGGUCAUUUAAAGUGCUCUGCUACAUUAUUGUAUGUGGUCCACCACAUUAUUUAGAAACAUGGCUAGUACGCAUAGUAUGCCUGUAUAAAGAUCAUAUGUCAAGUUUUGAGUUAUUACUGUUGUGUAACAGUGGUUAUACAAAAGCAAAUUAUUAUUAGUUGUUUCUUCUUGAGUUUGACAAGAAACCCCUACCGAUGUUACGCAGAAAUAUUGCGGGUGUACCUAAUGUUGUGGCCACAGCAUUGUUAAUACAUUGAUCACUAUUAUCUUCUACUGUAUUGUGAUUCUAAAGUACUGUAUGUUGCAAUAUCUCUUUAUUGCAUGUGCAACCCAAAUUGUUAAAUGACUUAAAAGUAUUAAUUAUGCAAACUACAUAUGUGUGCUUUUCUUGCUCUUACACACCAGUGCUCCAAAAUAAUGGAAACUAUUUUCUGACAAGGUCCACAAAAUAUAGUGUAAAUGUUGCUAAUCAGAGCAUGCAGCAUGGAAUUGAACUCCUCCAAAUCAAGUCCACUAUUUGGUGCUAUUUGCAAUUAGUGCGUUAGUUGUCAGGUAGCAAUUAGUGUGCGAGUUAUCAGUUAAUGAUUCGCACACUCAUUUUUGUUUAACAACUAGCACACCAGUUUUCAGCUAGUAUUCAGUGCCCUAGUUAGGUAUUAAUGAAACUAUACUGUAUAACCUUAAUAUCUUAAUAUUGCAUGUUAACAAGGUACCGUUAGGACCAGUUUAAUUUAAAACAAUUUUAUACAAGUAUGGAGUCCCAGCUUCAUGAUCUUGAGGGUCCCUUGGCCUGGAAAACAGUGAAGACCCCUGCUCUUUAUUAUAAACAAAUACAUCUUUUGCAUUGGUUGCCUCUUUCCUAUGGGAUAUCCCAUUAAAAUAUGUCCAUUCACAAAAAAGGAGUUUGGUUAAAUGAAUGAUAAAUAUAUUUUAUUUUUUUUAUCUUGUGAUCAGUGGUUGCUUAGCAACCCUUUUUCAACCUUCUCGAAAGCUUAAGUGUUGCAUUAAUAAACAAAGAAAAAAGGAGCUUCUUGGACAUUUUAUUGGGAGUCAUGAAUUCAAGGUAAUGAUGAGUCACAAACAGACUGAAGGUAAAGUGACUACAGACUGACAAACAGUGAGGUGUUUGAGGACAUUUUGUUGCUGGAAUCUCUCUUGAACGCCAAGCUUCCAGUCCUCCAGAUUGGACUGUAUCUCAUUCUGCACGACGGUGGGGAUGCUAAACGAAUACAAGCGACAUUUGUGGCUGGUGGCAUCUACUCGCCAUGUCGCGUGCACUGAGGUCACCAUCAGGGGGGUCAUAGAGAGGCAGUUCUCAAAGCUCUUUGUCUGAUCGAACCAGUAGGUGACGGGGUAGCCCAGUAAGAGUCCAAAGACCGUGCUCAAGUUCCACUCAUCUGAUCUUUCUGCCACAUAUGGAACAUUAUUUGCUGUGUCUAACCUUCUGAGGAGAUCAAGCAGAUCUUGUGCGAUGCUCUUCAGCCCUCCUCUGACUGGAUCCACAACAGUGGGUUUCCUCUGCGAAAGGCAGACGUCAAUCACCACGGGUCCGCCAUUUUGAAGCACCUGGGCCAGAUUGUAGGAUACUAUGCGUGGAUUAACAAUGAUGCUGUUACCAUUCAAGUCCAAUAUGACCAGCGAUUUGGACACGAGCUGAGACGACUGACACAGGCGCAAAUACUGAUGCACUUGCUCUGCACUGGCGCCGUUGGCGUCGUAGAGCAGCGCCGGUUUCACUGCCUGAUCAACAGCUGAGAGCUGAGCAGCCAAGUCAAGACUCUGAGAAAGUGACAAACAUUUCCUUUUGGUGGACAAACAUUUUUGAGCUGCAGCUACAAAGAUCUCCUGAGUCUGCAUAGCUUGAUUAAAUUGAUUCUUCAGGGCAUAUACAUACUUAACAGUAAAAAAGAACUUGAUUUAUUGCAAAAACAAGAAUGAAAGAUGAUACAUUUCAAACUAGGAUUAACCACAAACAAGUCUUCAAAUAUCGUGCAUCUUCGCCUCUCUGGUCUAAGACACCUACGGAGACAAAACACUUCAAUAAAAGGUGUCAAUCAUUUCAUCAUCAUACAGGGGGUCCUCGUGUUACGUUCUAAAGUUUAAUGGUUGCUUACACUCCUGUAAAAAAUUAAAAAAUCGUACCAAAAAAAAGAGCUAGUUGCGCACGUGAUUGAGGAAGGACGUCACUUGUUCUGAUGGCAGUGUGUCAGAAAAGUUAGGUGAAAUUGGGAAAAUGCCAACAAACAUUGUCUGUAUUCUUGGUCUACGCUGUUCUAAAACCGUGACCAUAAUGACAGAUAAACAUGGUAAUCCUAUGAAGUGGACAACUAAGCAGAAACGCCAAUUUCAGUGUGCAAAACAACCACAGGACUAAAAGUAUAUUGGCUUUUCUUUCAUUUUAUUUUGUAUUUAAUAUUAUAAUUAUUAUAUUUCAUGGAUCCUUCACAUACUAUGUGCCUGAUUUUAUUUAAUUUUGUAUUUAUUUCUUGUAAUUAUUAUAUUUCCUGGAUCCUUCACAUACUCUGUGUUUAACUGUUUUAGUUAUAAUGCUGUGUUCAAUUUGAAUUGUUUUACUCUGAAAGUCCUCACCAGCCCCAAGUUGUUUUUCAAAGAUGGCUGCUAUAAGUGUAAACAAUAAUAAAUUCCCCAUGAUAUCCAUUAGAACCAUUUCUGACGAUGCAACGUUUGUUGCAUACGUUGUAUUGUUGGAUCUAUCUGUAUGUAAAUGCUGUUUUUUCUUGUUGUACGCGCGUACUACAUCGCUGACAGUGUCUUUGUGUUUCUUCUUGAUCCACCUUGUUUGAGGGUUGCAGAAGGACAUUAUAUUUGUCCAGAAGAUUUUUAUACUCAGACAAGGCACAUGCAAGAAUAGGCCUUUUUGGUUGUGGCCAUCUUGAUUUCCGAACUUCGUAAUUUCAGCGCUCAGUACUCGGCUGGGACACCAUACCCAGCUCCAUAUUCCAACGAGAGAUGUGACAAUCGCAAACAAUGACAGCCAAUUCGCAGUUGUAAUUUGAUUGUUUGAGAACUGUUCUUUGUGCAAAUUUCCCACGCUGCUCUCUCAGAAUCAGAAUGAGAAACAGAUUCAAAAGCUUUAUUGGCUUCAAAUUCAUUGAAGGAGUAAUGACAUCAUUGAGUUGUCUCAGAAGGGUCUAUUCAUGGGUAUCUAUCAUGCACCGGCCGUUAACUUAGGGGAGUUUAAUAAGCACCUGAAAUUACUGCAGCCUUUCAGCCACUGUAUUUGGAAUAAGAAAAAUAUAUUAGCAACAGGAAAAGAGGAAAAAAAGGAAAAAUAAUUUUUUGCAUUUAGAUCAUACAAUCCGCUGGGGGUGCUGACAAGCAAGGUAAAGUGACUUUACACAGAGAUUUCACUGUCAAAGAAUAGGGAAAUGGAACCAUCUCGUCUAUAUAGCGUCUAUAUUGGUGUAAUCAUAAUGUAUAUAUUUUGAUUUAAACUUAUUACUGUCACGGGUGAUUAUUUAGUAGAUAAAAAAAAAUUAGUUUUUAUAUAUAUAUGUACGCACGCACGCACGCACACACACACACAAGGAUUGUACCGGUACCAAAAUGUAUUUUGAUACUUUUCAAUAGUUUUCUAAAUAAAGGGGACCACAAAAAAUGACAUUAUUGGCUUAAUUUGAACAACAGUCUUAGAGUACAAUAAAUAUGUUUCUUUUUGCAAUCGAGAACAAUUGUAUCCUUAAAUAAAAUAUUGAACAUAUGAGAAAA